AGCUUAGGACAGAAGAAUGAGGAGAAGAAGAGGGGGAGAAAGAUUGUCUAGCCUCCAGACAGAAGUUGAAGAAGAGGAGGAUUCUGUUUUGGAUUUCUUGGUUUCUGCAUCAUCUGGGUUUUUCUCAUCUGAUUCUUUGCCUGGGCAAAUUUGUCUGUUUAGGAGCUGUGCUAGUGGUCCUGUUAAUCUUAACUUAAUGUGCUGCUCCAGGUCACCAUGGGCAGAACUCCUCAAAAAGACCAAAGAAACAGUAAUAAGGAAAAAUCAGGAAGUAAUAAUUAUGAUCCACACCAAUACAGAGCCCUCAAAGAGUCCUUCAGCUGGGAGACAUAUUUGAAAGAGACUUCCUCUUUUCCUGCAUCCCCCAGCUGUUUCCGACAGUCUAGAAUCCCUCCCAGUAAUGAUUUUAAACUGGGAAUGAAAGUGGAGGCAUGUGACCCCAGGAAUUCCACCUCAGUGUGUAUCGCCACGGUGAUGGGGUUAAUGGGUGCCCGUCUGCGGCUCAGACUAGAUGGCAGUGACAACACCAAUGACUUUUGGCGAUUAGUCGACUCCUCUGACAUUCAGCCUAUUGGCACAUGUGAGAAAAGUGGUGGCAUGCUGCAGCCGCCACUAGGAUUCAGAAUGAAUGCCUCCUCAUGGCCCAUGUUUCUGUUAAAAACAUUAAGUGGAGCAGAGAUGGCUCCAGCGUCGGCCUUCAAAAAGGAGCCUGCCAGACCCACUCAAAACUACUUUAAACGUGGUAUGAAACUGGAGGCUGUGGAUCGAAAAAAUUCUUACCUCAUUUGUCCUGCCACCAUCGGAGAGGUGAGAGGGGAGGAGAUAUUUAUCAUGUUUGAUGGUUGGAGAGGGGCAUUCGAUUACUGGUGCCAGUAUGACUCCAGAGACCUCUUCCCCGUGGGCUGGUGUCAACUGACCAAACACAGUCUGCAGCCUCCAGGCAACUGCUUUACUUUCCCCAAGACUCUUAUUCCAACAUUGUGCCAGUCCAGUAAGUCCCGGCGCUCCAUGCAGUCUCCGUACCGCCUGCCGCACCCCCUGCCCCCUCUGCCCGUCCGCAAGGGGGUACGAGGUAGGAGACCAAAGAGCGAGACCAUCGCCAUGCUGAAAGCUGCGGCCGAGGCUGCAGCUGCUGGAUCCUCCACCUCGCAGAACGGCCAAAUGCAGCCUACCGCAGCCAAGACCCCCAUAAAUGUACAACUGAUGCCCAAACCCUAUAAAAAGAGAGGACCCAAACCUGGCAGCAAGAGGAAACCGAAGCUUUCUCAUUUACUUUCAAGCACCAGUUUGUCCUCCUCCGUGUCAGACGGGAGGCUGUCUAGCCUGCAGACAACGCGAGACUCAGGAGUCGUGUCCACCGUUUGCGUGUACGUGAACAAACAUGGAGAAUCUGGGCCUCACCUUGACCGCAAGCUGUUAUUGCAGCUGCCGGAUCAUUUCGGGCCAGGCCCUGUGAACACGGUUCUGCAGCACGCGGUCCAAGCCUGCGUUGACUGUGCGUUUCAGCCCAAAGCCCUGUUUAGCUUUCUGCAGUCGCAGUCUGAUGGAGGAGAGAUCAUCAGAGUUCGUUCAGAAGGAGGGAUUCACUAUGUCAAGCUCCCCACGGCCUCCAGCGCAUCUUUUGUUUUGCGCUUUUUAGAAACGUUGUGUCACCAUCUGCAGUGUGAUAACCUGUUCAGCAGCCAGCCAUUCAGUCCACUCACAGCCAACACGCACACAUCCUACGACAGGAGCAAGUCAGUAAAAGAGGAGACAUCAGAAGCAAUGUCUGUUGCACGGGGUACGAGACGAUUCAACAGAGAUUCAGCUUCAUACACAGCUGCCAUGUCACCCAAACUACACAGGACAGAAGCUUUGCCCUCAGACGAGACCGUGACACACGAAGAAAACGGUGCAACCACAGACCAGCAGUUCUCAGAAGAGUCCAUGGACUCGGCCUCUAAUUCUGUGGCCCCUCGGGCGCCUGCGCUCCGGAGCCCAUCUGAAUAUCACAGCCCGGCCAGCGGCAGCCCACACUACUCCUCUCAGCCUCCACCACUGCGCAGGCUCUCCUCCAAUCCAUCUGAGCUCGGUCCUGCACGCACACACAGACGCGUGGAAGCUGCUAGCUCAACUACCGGUCCAGAUCAUCAAGCAGCAGAGAGAGAUUCCUCCAGAUCGUCCAAUAAGAGUCCAUCAUCCUGGAGUAUAGAGGAAGUGAUGCAAUUUGUGCGUGAUGCUGAUCCUCAGGCACUGGGCCCGCAUGCAGAACUCUUCAGGAAACAUGAGAUUGACGGCAAAGCCUUGAUGCUUUUACGGAGUGACAUGAUUAUGAAGUACAUGGGGCUUAAACUUGGCCCAGCCCUCAAACUCUGCCAUCAUAUUGAAAGACUUAAAUUAGCUAAAUAAUCGCAUAAACUUCCUGGCCAAUACUCACCAGCAGAGGGCAACAAAGCAGGUUCACUCAGUUUUGGAGUUGAUACCAGAAGCUGCAUUCAAGUUCCUCGGAUGUUAUCAGCAGUUCAUUGCUGUCAGUUGAUACAGUGAAAAAAACAGGGAAGUUCAUUUAUUUAAUUUUUUGUGGUUCGAAAUAAAUCUGUUAACACAAUCAGAUCUGCUGGACUAAUUUGCUUGAACAUUUUGUAAUGAUCACUGGCUGAAAAUCUGCAGCCAGCUACAGACUUUAGUACCUCAGCUUAUUAGCAGACUAUACGAGAAUCUGCAUUUACAGACAAUGGUGAAGAAAGCUGAAUCCCAAAGGAUUUCACUGUGUUGUUUAUAUAUAAUGUGUUCUGGUACUGUUCACGCGCACAGACAUCUUCACAAAUGUUCACUUGCCAUUGUAUUUUAUUCUGUUUACGUCUGAUCGAGAUGUAUUUCAAUUCAAGGUUUUUGGAAACUAACUUGUGUUUUGGUACUUUUGAAUCGAAUCCCAUUGUUCAACAUUUAACACUGUGUUCUCUUAUUGUUUUCUUUGAGGGGUAUUACACUUGAAAUGCACAAUCAAAUCAUUUCAAAAUGUACUACUGUUAAAGCAGAAUAAAUGUUUGUUUUUUAAGUGAUAUUAACCAAAAAAUGGUUUUGUUUGUGGUCUAAACAAAAAGAAAUCCCAUUUUAAAAGCGCAAGCAGACUGUUCUCUUGAAACCGCCAUUACUGUUGAUCUUUCUAGAUGAUAAUAGCUCAGGAGACUUGCUGAAAUCAUUUUCAUUUAUUCGUUUUUUGACAAACAACUCCUGUAUUUUCCCUAUAAAACAAGCUAGACUCUUAAUGUUGACACCAGGUGAUCCGAUAAAGCGGUCAUGGUCACACGUUCCUAAGGUUUAUUUGGCAAACAGUUGCAAAUGGGAAUAAGAGUAUAAUGUACGGAUGUGUACGUAGUGAAUUUUAUUUGUGUAUCAUAUAAAUGUGCAUUUUAUUUUUGGUUCAGUAUUCUCAUUUGUUUUAUUUAAAAGGUAGAAAAUUCCCCUUUUUGAGCACAUUGAGUCUGUUUAUGUAAUUAAUAUUACAGAAUGUGAUUAUGUUAUUGUGGGGGAUUGAGCAUUUUUGUUAUGAUGUUUAUAUACAUAAGUUUUAGCUCAUUUUAGAAACACUGUAUUUACUUUGCUCUUAUACUCAGGUUGACUAUUUUGUAUUUACUUAUUUGAAAAUUUUUCUACCAUUUGAAUAAAUCAUUGCAUUUAUAAAAUCGUCACUUUCACCACAUAUU